AUGGGGGGCCCGAGUGAAUGGUCUGUGCGCCCCCCAGAGACCAUGUCGGUGGACUCGACCCUCCCCAGCCCCAACCAGCUGAGCAGCCCCAGCCUGGGCUUUGACGGGCUGCCCGGCCGGCGCCGCAAGAAACGGACCAGCAUCGAGACCAACGUGCGCUUCGCCCUGGAGAAGAGCUUUCUCGCGAACCAGAAGCCUACCUCAGAGGAGAUCCUGCUGAUCGCAGAGCAGCUGAACAUGGAGAAGGAGGUGAUCCGUGUCUGGUUCUGCAACCGUCGCCAGAAGGAGAAACGCAUCAACCCCUGUAGCAGCACCCCCAUGCUGCCCGCCCAGGGCAAGCCCCCCGGGUACGGCCCGCACAUGGUGACGAGUCCGGGCCCCGGCGUGAGUCUCCCGCUCUCCCAGGCUUCCAGCAGUCUGAGCACAACAGUGACUACCUUAUCCUCGGCGGUCGGCUCCCUGACCCCCAGCCGGACGGGGGCGGGCGGGGGACCCCCCGCCAUCAAUUCCGCCACGCCGCCCCCCACCAACAGCACCAACCCCAGCCCCCAGAGCAGCAGCCACGCGGCCAUCGGCCUGUCGGGCCUGAAUCCCAGCACGGGAAGCACAGUGCUAGGGGUGAACGCGGGGUUAAACCCGGCGCUAAUGGCCACCAACCCGCUGGCCACCAUCCAAGCGUUGGCCAGUGGUGGAACCCUGCCCAUUACCAGUCUUGACGCCAGCGGUAACUUGGUCCUGGGCACUACGGCCAGCACCCCGGGGAGCCAGAGCAUUGUCACCUCGCCGCUCUUCCUGAACCACGCGGGGCUGCCCCUGCUGAGUGCCACCCCGGGGGGGGUGGGGCUGGUCUCGGCCGCCGUGGCCGCCUCCCUGUCCAGCAAAUCCCCCAGCCUCACCUCCUCCUCCUCCUCCUCCUCCACCUGCUCCUCUUGCAGCUCCUCCAGCGAGGCGGCUGGGCCGCCCCCGGGCCACGCCAGGCCGGCAGCCUCCGAGCCGGACGGCAAGACGGAGUGA